ACAACGCUUUCAACGCUACAACAGAACAGCAUCAGAAUCUACAACGUAUAGGUUACAAAAGUGAAAUCCUAACAUAUUUUGUUUUGUUGCGAGUUUUUUUAUUAGUUCUUCUGUUUAAAUUUUGUGUCUUGGAAUUUUCUUCUUAGUUUCCUUGCCAUUUAUAAGUCUAACGUAGAGAUUGGCGUUUGGUAAAACCAGGCAUGGGCUGCAAUGAAAAAUCAAGAUAGAACUCCAUUGCGAACUAUACUACUGAAUUUUCUGAACCAUAUUGAAAAUUUGGAAGCAGAUAUCAAUGAAGACAGUUAUGAAACUGAAUUUCAGGAACUAAAAAUCUUCAGCGAAACCCUCAAGAGUCUGAAGCAGUAUUCGUGUUCAGAAGGGGAGAAAGAGGUCAACAAAAAGAAGAACAGAUACAAAGAUAUUCUACCAUUUGAUUUGAGCCGUGUGGUGCUGAACGAGUAUGCCGGCGUACCAGGCAGCGACUACAUCAAUGCGAAUUAUAUCAAAGGCGCUAGCGGCUCUCCGGCAUACAUUGCCAGCCAGGGUCCUCUGCCCCACACUGUCAACGACUUCUGGCGAAUGGUGGUGCAGUGCGAGGUGCAGGUGAUUGUGAUGGCCUGCAACGAGGAGGAGGCCGGCAAGCACAAGUGUGAGAACUACUGGGUGGAGGCCGAGGGUCAGGAGAAACAGUUUGGCAUGGUUAGCAUUCGCCUCGUCAAGGCCAGCACUGUGUGUCCUGACUUCUCUGUGCGAACCAUGAAACUCAAGUACACCAACCAACAAUCCAAUACAGAAGAGAGAACAGUUUGCCAAUUCCAUUACUCCGCGUGGCCAGAUCAUGGAGUUCCACCUUUGGUUAGACCACUGCUGGACAUGGUUCGCUUGGUCAGGGACACUCAAGCUUCGGAAACCCUCCCAGUUCUUGUUCAUUGCUCGGCUGGCUGUGGAAGAACCGGAACUAUCUGCGCUAUCGACUAUGUUUGGGGCUUACUCAGAGCUGGGAAGCUCACUAAAGACUUCAGCCUCCUGUCUUUAGUGAGGGAAAUGAGGAAGCAGCGAAUAGCAAUGGUACAGACUAAGGAGCAAUAUGUGCUAGUUCACCAGGCUGUGAGAGAGCUCUUCAAAGAACAACUGCGCAUGAUCGAUUCACACCCUUAUGAGAACAUAGACUGUAAUGGCAUGCCCAUUGACUCGGAGCCAAUGUAUGCUGCUGUUGAACAUAAACAACAUUUUGAAGAUGAGAAGGAUAACAAAGAGAAAGAAGUUUUGGCUCCGGCGCCACCCUUACCAUUGAAGAAAAAGUUUCCUGUAGUCUCUUCGAAGCACGAAAAAGAAGUGGAGAACUUGUCUGAGAAACAGCGAAUAGCCGAGCAAGCAGGAACGGGAGCCAGUGCGGCUGUUAAUAACAGGGUCCAUCGUCCAAAAAUCACUAAGUUGAAAUCGUUGUUCGAAAAAGAAAUAAGACAGGUUUCUAGAAGUCAUUCGCUUGGUGCUCCAUUGAAAGCCAACUUUUUCAGCAGCAAUUUGAAGCCAGUGCAAAUCGACAAGCCGACUCCAAGCUCGUCGGCGACAGUUAAGCGCAGCAAGUCUUUGAGAGUUCUAGGGUCAAGUGAUCGGUCAAAGCUUUCACUGCACACUGAAACUGCAGGUGACCUGGACGAAAGGAGUAGGAGACUGAGUUUGGAGUCGAAUCUCGACGUUGAGCAUCAGAUUGAUGACACCUAUCCUGCGCUUACUUCCCCUGACUCCAUUGUGGCCGGCUUGGGAACUAGAGAGAGACGGAACAGUUUCAGAGAGGCUAUCAAUAGAACUAGGAGGCAAGAUGUUGCUUCAGUUGCUGGCCCCGACGUUCGUCGUUUGGUGCGUAGUUACACUGCUAUUGACAUCCAGUUCUCCAGUAGAGAUAGGAGAGACAGAGAUACCGACAUUCAUUUCUCCAGUAGAGAUAGGAGAGACAGAGACACCGCUGUUGACAGUCAGUUUUCUAGUAGAGAUAGAAGCGAAACUUCGCAGCCCGCCAAACCUGCGUUACGACCAAAACCGCCGCAGUUGGUCGCAGCACGUCCCCAACAACCCCAACCGAUCUCAGCGCGACCAAUCACCAAGACCGAUGUGACCUGGCACGCGGCAAGAUCUGACACUAGACCGAAAUCCACUUCCACUCAAGCCAUGAAUAGAGUAGCCGCACCAAAGCCACCAGAUCCUAGAAUCCCAGUUCGUGACAGAUCAGCGAUAUUUUCUCCCACGUCUCCCAACUCUCAACCUUAUAAGAUGGUGCUUCCUAAAUCAGUUCCAAACACUCGAAGACCGGAAAUGUUGCAGCAGAAUGUUAUUCCUCCCUACAGCAGAACGGGACCAAUUGUGCAGAGGCCGGACCAGCAAAUCUCAACAAAAUACAACCGUACCGAUCCACAUCCUCGAUUAAAAUCCACUACAACUACUCAUCCAAGAUUCCUAAACACUGAUACUCAACUUAGAUUUCCUAACAGUGGAUAUCCAAAAGAAGGUGAGUCUGGAGGGAUGAAUUCAACUGAAACCCCAACAAGACCCGCUCAUGUAUACCAUCAACAAAGGCAACUUUUCAGAGAGAAUGAGGUGAAAGGGGACGGUCAACAGGCAUCAAGAGUCGACGAAGUGACCCAGGAUCUACAGAACAGUCGCAUUGCCCCUCAUCGAAAUUCUAAUAUGCAAUUUCGCAAUGAAGCUAUGCAGAAACCAGGCUCUAGUAAAGGAGAAGCUAAUUAUUAUUACAAUUACGGGAUGAAUGAAAGGAGACAGCCAACGGAGAUCGACCAUCCAUCACCUAUUGUUGCUCCUUCUGUCGCUCCUCCUCCUCCUCCUUCUUAUGGUGUUGUGAUGCGAAGAGGUUCGCGGGAUGAUUUGGCUCUUUGUGCUGGUGCUGCCAUGAAUAGAGUGAAAAGGCAUGCUAGUGUAGUUGUUCUUCGUAAUAGCUUGAUCGAAACUUCAAAUACGCCUCAACUUUCUUUGUGCAACCCGCCACAAGCCAAUGGAGAUGCAAGGGCAAAUAUGAUUAAAAAGGAAAGUGAAGAUCCUUGGUCGGGCGCAGUGGGAGUUGACUUGGAUGAGGUAGCAGCUAACAUGACUUAUCAGAAAGAUGGAAGCUCAUCAAAACUGAUGAAAGCAGCUCUUCAAGCUCUCCAUCGACGGAAAGGCGUUCCUGUUCCUGUCAACGAGCCAAUAUAUUCAGCUGCAUCUUCUUCAAAUACAGCUGGUCCUAGUAUGCCUAUUCAGCAAAUACCGAUUCAACAACAGCAAAUGCAACAACAGCAAAUGCAUCAUCAACAGCAACAGAAAAUGCAUCAACAGCAAAUGCAUCAACAACAACAAAUGCAUCAGCAACAACAGCAAAUGCAUCAACAACAACAAAUGCAUCAGCAACAACAGCAAAUGCAUCAACAGCAGCCACAGCAAAAGCAUCAAAAACAACAAAUGCUUCAACAACAGCAAAUGCAUCAACAACAGCAAAUGCAUCAGCAGCAGCCACAGCAGAAGCAACAACAGCAAAUGCACCAGCAGCAGCCACAGCAAAUGCAUCAACAGCAGAAGCAACAACAGCAAAUCAAUCAGAAACAAACUCAACAACAUAUGCAGCCAAGACAGCCACAAACUCCUUUCAGAAAGCAGCAACAUUAUUUGUGAUAUUCUACUGCUUUUAUGACAAUUCAUUCUCAUUGAAUUUUCAUAAUAUAUUAUAUUUAUUGAACAGUCUCAAUAUUUAUAGUUUUUAAGUAGACUGAAUUAGACAAAUUGUAUUUGAUUUAUAUUUUGUUACCCGAAGUUAGUUGUGUUGGACUGAAAUAGAUAGUAAAUUGUGAUCAAAUAGUUUAGGGAUUUAAUGGAGUUCCGAGCUUUUAGUCUCAAGAGUAUCAGUCAAACGAUUGAUAUAUUCCUUAUUGAAUAGCAUUUUUACUAGCUGUUUUUCUUCAAGAUAUCAAAGUCUUCCUUGAGAGAAGUUGUAUUUUUGUAACUAAAAUUUCAAGUUAAGAAGUAUUCAUUUCUAAUUUUAUGAACCAUUUCACAUCCAAGAUAUCCAAGUCUUCCCUAAGAGUAGUUGUAUUUUUGUAACUGAAAUUUCAAAUUAGGUAUUCAUUUCUAAUAUUGUAUACCGGUAUGCCAUUUCACAUCGCUGAAAUUGUUGACCUUGUAUAUCGUUUAUCUUGUCAAGUCUCAAACAGUUAUUCUCAAUUAUCUUUUCUCUCUCUCAUGACGCAGCUAUCGCUAAAAUAUUGAUAAGGUACUUAGAAAAUAUAGUACGCCGAAGUAGGGUGAAAAUUUGAACUUUUGCCAUUUUAUGAAAUACUUGGACGUUUUUACGAUAAAAAAUAAUAGUAUUUAAUCCUCUCAUUCGCAUUAUAUUCCAAUCAAUAGUGCUGAUAAAACACAGGCCCAAUGAUCUAUUGAAAUUGAAAGAAAUGUGGCCCAAGUGCAGAUCCCUGGGGAUCCCCAACACAUGACUGGUUGCUGGUUUAAAACUAUCACUAUUCAAUUUCUUCCUUCCAAUUUGAAUAAUUGAUUCAAGCCUGCUCCCACCUUUAAUAAUAAUAUUAUAAUAUCAAUAUUUUUAUUUGUCUUUGUGUAUUCGACCAAAUCCUUUAACGACGUUAUAUAGAAUAUAGCAUAGUUUUAGUUUUCUUCAAACACACCAAUUACCAGCUAAAUCGAAUGUUUAAUGAACAUUUUAAAUUAAAAUAAUUAGAAGUUGAUUUACCAGCCCUAAAUUAGAAUUGCAUAAAUUAAUGAAGCUUAUCGGUUUCGAAAAAAUCUUGAACGUUUGAAAGUUUCUUCUGUUUAAAAAGAUGAAUUUAUCCAUGUCAGAACAGGUAAAUAAAUUACUUUUUCCUAAUUACAUUGUAUGAAUAAUAAUAACAUUAAGUGAUGUAAAAUUUAUAUUUUGAAAGAUUAUAAAUUUGUUUUUGUUAAGAAAGACUGUGAUCGAAUAAAGGGAGCAAGUGUUACAUUAUAAAUUUAUCUAAACUGUAUUUGAAUAUUAUUAAAAUAUUUUCUAGUAA